AUGGGGUGUCACCAAUUAGAAAAAUCAAAACCAAAAUACAGAAAGGGUUUAUGGUCACCUGAAGAAGAUAAUAAGCUCAGAAACCAUAUUCUUAAGCAUGGUCAUGGCUGUUGGAGCUCUGUUCCAAUUAAAGCAGGCUUGCAGAGGAAUGGAAAGAGCUGCAGACUAAGGUGGAUCAAUUAUCUGAGGCCAGGAUUGAAGAGAGGGGUGUUCAGCAAACAGGAGGAAGACACAAUCAUGACCCUUCACCACAUGUUAGGAAACAAGUGGUCUCAAAUAGCACAGCAUUUGCCCGGAAGGACUGACAAUGAGAUAAAAAAUUAUUGGCAUUCAUAUUUGAAAAAGAAAGUGGUCAAAGCUAAAGAAAUUGAAUCUGAUAAACAAGUUCACUAUGCUAGCUCAAGUUCAGAUACAAUGGAUAAUUCGUUCUCUCCACAGAAAUUUGCAACUCAAGAUCCUAAUUAUGGAUUGUUUGAAAACAUGGACAAAUCAACACCACCCUUUGAUCAUUCUUUUUCACAGAACUACAACUUUUCCAUGGAGACUAGUCAAAGCUCUUUACCAAAACUUUUAUUUGCUGAGUGGCUUUCAGUGGAUCAUGUAAAUGGUGGAAGCUCAGUAAAUUCUGAUGAUUCUUUGGUUUUGGGAAAUGAAUUCGAUCAGAAUUCAACUUUCCAAGAUGCUAUAAUGCAUAUGUCAGAAGGACACUUUGGUGAAGGGUAUCAUCAUAAUAGUCUAAUUCAAAGUUCAGCCACUGAGGUGUACAAUUCACAGCUUAAGUUAUCAAAUCAAGUGGAUGGAAAUGAUUUCGACCAUUGUGUAGCUGGGGUUGAUUUCUGUAGCAAUUUCAGCCUCACCAAUGAUACAAUGUAUGUAUGA